CCUGAACCCCAGUCAAAAUAUUUCCCCGUUUCUCAAAAAUAUCGCCUAACCUUAUCUCGCUCGCUCGCUCUCUCUCUCUCUCUGAGUUGCUCCAAUGGCGGCGCUGAGCUCCUCCUCUCUUCUCGGCCCCAAAACCCUCCUCUCCUCCCAUUCUCCCAACCCUACCCCUCUACGCCUCACCUCGAUGCUCCCGCGCCCCGCCCUCGCCUCCCCACUGCGCUCCAAGCCCUCGGCCCCUCUCUCCUCCCGCCACCGCCGCGCCGCCCGGCCGGGGAAUCGUGCCGCGGCGGUGGUCCGGGCGAUGGCGGUGGAUGGGGACUACUCCUCGAGGAGGAGCAGCAGCAGCGAGCCGCGGGAGACGAUCCUUCUCCCCGGAUGCGAUUACAACCACUGGCUCGUCGUCAUGGAGUUCCCCAAGGAUCCGGCGCCCACCCGGGAGCAGAUGAUCGAGACCUAUCUGAACACCCUUGCCACCGUUCUUGGAAGCAUGGAAGAAGCCAAGAAGAACAUGUAUGCUUUUAGCACUACUACUUAUACGGGCUUUCAAUGUACUGUAUCUGAAGAAACAUCGGAAAAAUUCAAGGGAUUGCCGGGCGUUCUUUGGGUUCUGCCAGAUUCCUAUAUAGAUGUAAAAAACAAAGAUUAUGGAGGUGAUAAAUAUAUAAAUGGGGAGAUAAUUCCAUGUAAAUACCCUACUUAUCAACCAAAGCAAAGGAGUGGAUCAAAAUAUGAGAGCAGAAGGUAUGAAAGACGGAGGGAUGGCCCCCCAGCAGAACGUAGAAGACCAAGACAAGAAACUCCUCAGCCUGAAUCAGCUUCUUGAUGGGGUAAACUCCACAUCACCUACUAUGUUGUUCAUUGUACUUGCAGGCAUAAUGGAAUCAUGAGGUCUUCCGUCUUAUGCAGUAAAUGUUAUUGUGAUGGAAAAGUCAGUGGCACUUAAUCAACUCAUACAGCUUGUGGCAACAUAUGUGCAACUUUUAUGCAUGAAACAUUAGUUGCAGUAAUAGUAACAAGUUGAAGUGGUAUAAUAGUCGAAAUGUUUUGCAGGUGUUUGCAUUCGUUCUAGGCAUUAGUACGGAAAUUACAAUAUAUGAUCUAACCAAUACACUGGGAAGGAAGAAAGUUGUUAUGAGUAAGUAUUUUCAGUCUAUUGUUGUGUCAAGUAAAACAUGUGAAUGAAGAAAGUUGUUAUGAGUAAGUAUUUUCAGUCUAUUGUUGUGUCAAGUAAAACAUGUGAAAUUACAGAUAUAUGAUCUAACCAAUACACUGGGACAUCUCCCUAAUGAUUCUGUUGGCGGAAGUUUGUUCUUUUUAGUAAUUUAGCUCACCGA